CCGACGACCAUACUGCUGUAGAUAUUGCUGUAGUUGCUUCGUUGCCUAUUAUUGUGAAAAACAUUGAAAACGCGCUGAAAUUUGUCAAAAGAAUGCACAGAAAGCCAGACAAUAUUUUACGCCAGAAGAAAAUAACAGGCCGGGAAAAGACCGACAUUGGCCCUUCCCGCAAAAGAGGUGCAUUCCCCCCGUUCUUUUUUUUUUUCGUAUCGAAAUCGAGUUAAAUUCCUCGCACGUCCGGGGGGCGUCAUCUUUGUAGGUAGGUAUAAGGAACACGUGUAUGAUCUGCGUGAGAAAAAUCGUGGACGACGAACAAGUGAGUCACGUCAACCCGAACAUCAUCCAGCAACCGAACAUCUCGGCGGAAAAGAUUACCAAGAUGUGGUCUGCGGCAAAGGCGAAAUGGAACACGCCUAAUGCCGACUGGAAGAGUGGAUCCGGCAACAACCAGCCAUGGCUUUCAUUCGCGCAAGGUAAGAGAUGGGCGACGUAGGGCUUGGUAUAAAACAGCGCCUGUUUUCUCCAGGAACCUUGGGCGAUUUUGUGGCCGUGGCGUCAAUUGUGCCGAUCCUACUUCAGCGUGUGAGUGCUGCUACGGUCGGCGUUGUGAUAUUGCACUUGUAGUUGUCAACAGUGUUGUAAAACGUACUCCCGGGAUGACGUCCACGUUGAGGCCUGAUUGAAAAGGAUUGUCUGCACCAUGAGCUUUUAUCGUGUAUUUUGAAGCAAGACCAAACACCUUACCAAUUGCUCCAAACAGACCACUCCCCGCCCGCGCUUUGCGCUUUCUUUUUUUUUCACAGGGGACACGGACACGUACAUUCUCGGUUGCGCAAUCGAGAAAUACCCCGAGCUUGACCAAGUGUGCAACAAUCC